CCUGUCGCCUUUUACGAACAUUACUCUGAAGUCGCGUACAAACUAAACAGUUAACAUUUGGUAGCGUUACUAGCACAUAGUGAACUAACAUCUUGUGACAUUUUUAAACUUAACUUCAGUUUGGCGUGCGUUUGACAUUUCACAUCUACCAGCUCCGCGCGCGUGCUUGGCACUCCAUUCCUUGAAUUUGCAGCCUACGACCUGUAAACAUUAGCUCUCGGGCACUUCAGUGUUAUCACAACUGGGGACAGCUUGUGUACUUGCAUACAACUAGUUUAGAAGGGUGACGUGAAAUCGAUGUUUCAAAUGUGCCUGGUAAAUGCGCCAUCAUCCACGAUGCUAGCUAAGUUUAUAUUGCCGCUAACUGCAAACGCACCAUGGGAGACGUGUUGUUGCACUAAAGUUUUGAACUGAGAUUUCACCGCUGUCAGUGAGAUCCCUGCUACAACUUAUCACAUGGUGCUGACAUUCAACUUAUCAAAAACAUCUAGCGCUAGUCUGUGCAGGUCACGAGAAACAUUCACUUUUGUGGUCAGCGUGUCUCUGCCAGGACCUUCAACAAAUUACCUCAGGGGUUGGAAUUGGAAACUCAGAUGUGGAGUCGGAUCUGGGCAUUGCCUCCCUACCAGAAGCUGAUUUCUGAUGCAGCUUUGAGAACUAAAAUCACGGCAGUGAUGAGCAUGAUGGACAGAGAAGCUCCAGGAAUGUAAUCUUACAUGAGGAUUAUUUUUGCGCGAGGAUUAUUUGUUUUUAUUCCAAUAGGAAUAUCUGGAAGUUUGAUGUUUUUGCCAUGGCAGACCUCAGGACAUUCAAUGUGGUCGUCCUUGGAAUAGGGUUUCUUUUUAUUUUUACGGCUUUCACAACGCUGGGGAACAUCGAACAAACUGUGUUGAAGAGCCUAAAAAAUGAGACAUUUGCUGGAAGUGGCUACCACAGCUUGGGUUUAAUAUAUGGAGUCUUCUCAUUCUCCAACUUGCUGGCGCCCACCAUUGUGGCCAUCGCUGGACCUCGGCUGACCAUGUUUUUAAGCGGCCUUCUCUACAGUGGUUACACGGCUGUGUUUAUCAUUCCGAACGUGUGGUCCUUGUAUGUGACGUCAGUGUUCAUCGGCAUGGGAGCUGCUUUGCUGUGGACAGCCCAAGGCCACUUCCUGGUUGACAACUCGGAUGCCUCCACCAUAAACCGCAACACAGGGGUGUUCUGGGCCCUGCUGCAGUGCAGCAUGAUAUUUGGGAACUUGUAUGUUUACUUAGACUGGCGAGACAAAGAUGAAAUCACAGAGGAGAACCGGCGGGUGAUGUUCAUCUCUCUGCUGGUGGUGUCGGUGGUGGGCACACUGUGCUUCCUGGUCCUGAGGUCGCCCCAUCACAGCCAGGAGGUCAUGUCCGAAGAGGAGAGCCAGAGCCUGCUCUCCAAGCAAAUCAUGUAUAGGCAAAGAGCCAACUCUGCAGUGAAGGAGGCCAGGAGUGAGUUCGGGAGAGUCCUGGGACUGCUUGGCAGUAAAACCAUACUGCUCCUCAGCUGCUGCAUGGCCUACAGUGGUCUGGAGCUGUCGUUCUACAGUGGGGUGUAUGGCACCUGCAUCGGGGCCACAGCUCAUUUUGGAGACCAAGCCAGGGGCCUGAUCGGCCUCUCUGGCAUAGUGGUUGGCAUCGGAGAGAUCGUGGGUGGGGGCCUGUUCGGCUUGGUGUGCAAGAACAACCGUUUCCGCCGCACCUCCGUGGUCUUCCUGGGCAUGGUGGUGCACUUUGUGGCCUUCUACCUGAUCUUCCUGAACAUCCCCGACGACGCCCCUGUGGUCUUAUGGACCCCUACGAAACGCCGGCCUUACCUGGCCCCCAGUGUGUCCAUAGCCCUGCUGUGUAGCUUCCUGCUGGGCCUGGGAGACAGCUGCUUCAACACCCAGCUCUACAGCAUUCUGGGCCGCGUGUACGCCGAGCAAAGCGCGCCUGCCUUUGCCAUCUUUAAGUUCAUCCAGUCGAUCUUUGCGGCGGUGGCCUUCUUCUACAGUGGCUACCUGCUGCUGAGCUGGCAGCUGCUGCUGAUGGUGGUGAUGGGCUUCAUCGGCACACUCUGCUUCUUCAUGGUGGAGCGCACGCAGACCAACGCAGAACUGCAGGACUACUAACACGUACACACACACACACACACACACACACACACACACACACACACACACACACACACACACACACACACACACACACACACAC